CGAGCCGUUCAAAUGCGCUCUCGUGUGCCCGCAGCAGCAGUUCGUUCCGCCCAUCCUACCGCUGUGGGACGACAGGUGCCGUGGCUCCCUUCUUCCACGCCAUGUCGACGACAGCACUGCAGGGAAGACGCAUGUUCGCCGUCGCUGCACUGAUUGCCCUGACAGUGGUCAGCCCGGCCGUUCUCGGUAACGUCAUCAGGGCCGACAACAAGCUUCACCCGCCCAGCUCGCAAAACGAGGAGUUCGCGGCUUUCAACGCUACACGCGCUAGCCAGCAGACGAGUUUGCUGAACUACAACUACUACUACAACAACGGCAACAUGACGGAGUGUAGACUACCCUCACCGUGCGGCUGGUUUAUGUACCACCCCGUCGAGAGGAACUUCCUCCACUACUUGCAAGUAUGCUACUGUCCGACCGGGAUGCGCUGCUUGGCAGACCGCGACGACGUGUCCAUCUCCUGCUGGGUCUACAAGUGCAAAGUGGCGCCCCCCGGAACGCCAGCGAACCCCCCCGUGGAACCCCCGAUGUGACCCCCUCCACGAUUUGGUGAUGCCCUCUAUUGGACCCGGGCAUAGCGAGUGAAAAAAAAAAAGAAAAAAAAAAGUAGGAGCACGUGCAUGUAAUCCGCUUACAUGCACGUCACUUUGGUCAUCCGGAUGUACUACAGGGAGGAGUAAAGACCACGGGAGGCGUUGGACGACGAAGCAACGGGCUGGCGUGUUUUGGCCAGCUGUGACGCAUUGGAGCAGAGAAGGACGAUGCGCGUGUGUUGGCGGCAGGGUGGCGGCCGUGUGUGCUGGACUCUCCUCAGUUUGCUCGAUGGCCCUUCUUUUGCCGCCAUUUUUCUGUUAAUUCCGCGGCAAAGCUCCCUGCGUCGCGUCGGACCGUUACGUUGCUUUCUUUCUCUCCUCUGUUCCUCGACACUUUCAGCUUCUUUCCAUGGGGUGACCCGCUACGUUGAGGCUUCAUAAAAAGCCGCCUACGUGAUGUUUUUAAUUUUAAAUUAUGGGAUUUUACGUGCGAAAACCACUUUCUGAUUAUGAGGCCCGCCGUAGUGGAGGACUCCGGAAAUUUCGACCACCUGGGGUUCUUUAACGAGCACCUAAAUCUAAGUACACGGGUGUUUUCGCAUUUCGCCCCCAUGGAAAUGCGGCCGCCGUGGCCGGGAUUCGAUCCCACGACCUCAUGCUUAGCAGCCCAACACGAUAGCCACUGAGCAAUCACAGCGGGUAACGCGAUGUUUUUGCGAAAAUGAACAUGACUUUCAAUUCAUUCAUUUUGUAUCACACUUGCAUUUGCUGUUUCGCCGGUAAAUUUUUAUAUAUGCUCACCCCACCGCCGGUGCCAUCCGAUUAGCCCUGUCCUGGUGCCAACCACUGCAGUCUUGCGUUGGCUUCGGCUACGUCGAGGCGAUAUUACCUUGAAAGCGUAAUUUAUUUACUUUAAUCACAUCACGCUUCGGCGACAAACAAGCUGCGUACGUCGCAGGCCAGAAAGAAAGCGCGAGUUCCUUGCCACGGCAGGUGGCGAGAGCUGGCUGCCAAGCCGGAUAGCGCAGCUCUUGCUGCGGCCGUCUCGAGCCUCGGCGCUUGUUUGACGCCCGAGCGGUGUUCGGGACGCGAGGGUUUUGUAUCGUAGCGCUUAAGACUUAAUCCACCUAUCUUGUCAGUGGGAUAUUCGUCGUGUACGAAAAUACCCGCUUAUGUUGCUUUAUUUAUUCGCACACCACUUCUUUUCAUCCCAUAUCCUCCUCUGUAGAGGACGUGGCUCUCACUAUCUGGAAAAGGAACAACUCUCACUGCACCUUUCUUUUCAUUUUGUCAACGAGCCAGAUUACGACGAGCAAGAACUGUUGUCGGCUGCACAAGUGUAUUGUUUGUUUGUAUUUCUGAGCGCUAGUGCUCCGUGCGGUCGUAUGUUAUUUCAUAGUGCAAGGAAUAUAACGAAAAAAGAAAAAACUAAACACAUGGUCGCAACACUCCUCAUAUAAAAUUGCUACAGCUCUCCAAGGAGUGUCCUCCUUGCAAGGGUCAUUAUACUGCAAGCUAAAAAUGGAAAUGUGGUGAACGGUAGUUAUCGCAAGUGCAUAAUUAGGUGCUUUCUUUAUUCAUUCUCUUCUGUGUGCAUUUUCCGUAUAUCAUUCUUGUGUACAGUAUGUUCACGUGUGCUUCACGGAAUACGAAAGCGUGUUCCUUUGUGUACGACCCAGUUUUCUUGUAUUAUACUGUAGCAUUUCACAUCAUUACUGUUGCAACCCGUUCUCAUUUUUUGACACACACUGAGAUGAUUUCGUCGCUGCUCUGCGCUGCCAAAUGUGCAACAAGAGAGCGGAUGCAAAUAAAAUCAAAAAGACUUU